CUCGUGGCGGCUGAGGAAGAACACGUAAUACAAGAUUUGAACGAGGCUGAAGACCAAAGACAAGAAAUUCUCUUGCAACAAGGUGAGGAGGAUUUUCGACACAUACAGGACAAAGAGCAAGACUUUGCAGCGGUGGCUGCUAAGAAGGGAGGUACUUCGACUUAAGUACUAUUUCUCUUGAACUUGAAUCUGGAAGCUAAGAAGUUGUUCAGUGCUAAUUUCGUAGUUUGAAAACAUCUCAAUAUUGAGUAGUAGCUGGCAGUUCUGGGACGCUAAACAGCAACGUUUCUCCAUGUUUAAUGUCUCGAUGAUUUAGUUACAUGAUGUAAUUUAAUUGCAUGGUGCCCAAACAUUGUCUAUCGGACGGCUAGUCCUAGUACUUGUUCUAGUAAAAAGACCACAACCCUCCACGACCCACACACCACAUCAGGCGCCGA